CCACUUUCCGCCGCCUGCCUAUCAGAAAGGAAAGCUUGCAUGGGAGCCCGCCUUUCCGUCGCCGUUGCCCAAUCAGCCCCGAGCAUGUCCUGUGAGGGCCUCCCUACUUUCCCCAAUGAAGAUGGACACAAAUACUGUGGGGGAGGUUACGCCCCCUUUCUGGAACGAGCCGUUGCUUUCUCGGCUUCUCGCUUAGCGAUGAGCGAAAUUAGGAGAUGGUGCUUCACCUCCCCACUGCCAGCCCUCUUAGGAGUGCAGACCACCUACCCUUUAUUUGAGAGUAAGUCCCAUUGAAGUCAGUGGGAUUCACUUCUGAGUAAACAAGCGCAGGGUUGCGCCGUUAGGCGGCAGCCGCCAAUCAAGCGCUACAAAUCGCAUGAGCCACGCCUCCUCCGCCUGCACGCCGGCUAAUCCGAAGCGCGUAUGCAGGCCAAGGCCCGCCUCCUUUCUAAGCGAGGGGGCGGCUGAUACCUCCGGUAGUUCCGAGUAGCGCGCCGGGCAAUGGCUGAGGCGGUGGCGACGGGAGUUUCCCCGCAGGGCGGCGGGGCGGGUAGCCUGUCGGAGGAGCCGCCGAGCAGCCUAGAGCGCGAGGGCACCGUGCACUGGGACAGGCGCCUCACGCACUUCGUGGCCAGCGACUUCGAGCAGCAGAUGCGGCGCAGCGCCCCGCCGGGCUCCGGCUGCCUCAUUCCCGCCGUGGACCCGGCGGCGCUGCAGGACCUGGCGGCUCUAGCCGUGCAGGCGGCGGCGCAGGUGGACGAGCUGCUGCGCAGCGUGCACGGCGCCCUGCAGGCCCUGACGGCACUCAGCGUGGGCUGCAUCCAGACGUACCGCGACGGCGUGGAGAGCCUGGGCGAGGCGGUGGACACGAGCAUCCGCUCCAUGUACACGCUGAUGGCGCGCUGCGAGGAGCUGGACAAGGCGAUGCAGCCGGUGCCGGCCUUGUCCCGGCGCAUCCGGGACAUGAAGGGUGCGCUGGAGAAACUCGAGGGGCUCUGCAAAUAGGCCUCGCGAGGCUCGCUUGGGGCCCGGCGCUGAAUGAAACGAAGUAAGCUGGUUUCCGGACGACAGCUCCUUUCUUCUCGGCGCUGGUGGCUUCCCCGUCAAAGCCCCUCUGGCCUUUUUCUCUGCUGAUCUCAGGACAAUUGCAUAGCUUUCUGUUAACCAAGCUUUUGUUCGAAACUGUGCAAAAUCAAUUGUGCCACGUAAUAAAUACUUUCUUCUCCUGAGGCCCUCCCUCUUGCAGCAAACUGACACAAAUCGCCUUUCCAAUACAUGCUUAAGUGGCUCUGUUGAACAGAUUUUCUUAGUGUCCCUUAUAUUGCUAUAAAAAGCCAUAGAAGAUGCUUACUAGGUAGAAAGUCCCAUUUUGAAUUUUCCAAAUAAAACAUGCAAAACUCUG